UUUACCGUAGGUGGAAAGCGCGCAUGUCCUACAAUUUUCGGCCAUAUUGUUAUGACGCAUACAAGAUCAUAGGUCUCCGCCAGUGACGAGUCUUCUCGCAGUUGACGUGGCUACUACGUACCAUCCCGUUCGCCCACUCCGGACGCAGCAUAGACGGUGACGAGGAAUACGUAACUGGUGGCCUUAGUUGGCAUGGAGGGAAUGGUGGAGGAGAACGGAACUUCUGGCGGCGCUGGUGGAGCAGACCAGCUGGCGAGCGGAGCGGGCGCGGCGGCCGCGGGACCAGCGCCGCACGUCGUUGCCGUUACCACAAUGCAGGCGCCCGCACAGGUGCAAUCGGUGAUACAAGCAAACCAACAAUCCGUGAUUCAGACAGCUUCUAAUAUUCAAUCUGUGCAGUUACCAAAAGGGAAUGUUAUUCUUGUCAGCAAACCAAGCUCAGUUAUCCACACAACACAGGGAACUCUGCAAACAUUGCAGAUUAAACCUGAGCCAAAUACAUUAGUAAGCUCCCAGGGGCAAUCCUGCAGUGAUGACAGCUGUAGUGAUGAUGACAGUCCAAAAAGGAAGUAUCGGGAAAUGCUGACUCGGCGGCCAUCAUACCGGAAAAUAUUGAAUGAUCUGGGUGGAGCUGAGAUAGCUGACAAUCGCAUGGGGUCUAGACCAGGAUGCGAGAAUGAAGUGUCGCUGUCAUCCCCUUUAUCAUUUGCGCCAGUGAUCCCGGCAGGCGCGCUGCAGACGGACGGCGGGCUGCACACGCUGGCGGUGUCGGGCGGCGCGGGCGGCGGCGCCAUCGUCCAGUACGCCACCACCAACCAGGACGGACAGUUCUACGUGCCGGGUCCUAUUCUAGAAGAUCAGACUCGCAAGCGGGAACUCCGGUUAUUGAAGAACCGCGAGGCCGCCAGGGAGUGCCGGCGCAAGAAGAAAGAGUACAUCAAAUGCCUGGAGAACCGGGUCGCCGUACUCGAAAACCAAAACAAGGCUCUAAUAGAAGAGUUAAAGUCACUAAAAGAACUGUAUUGUCAGCAAAAAACAGAAUGAGGCCCAGCUGGCUAACCGGUGUGCCGCUGCCUGCUGUGAGAGCCUCGAGGAGGCACACGAGUCGGUGCGCGCUGCAUUUGGAGAGUUGCUACACUUGUGUCGGCGGCGCCGCGCUCGGCGCGCCCGUCCGACGUUUGUCCACACUUCGUGACGAGGAAUAGGAUUAAUUGUAAUAUAAAUAAAAACAUGUCGAACUGUUCAUUGUGAAUUACGUGUAAGAUCUAUUGGCUUAAUUCGAAGUAUUGUUAGAUAAUGAUAAAUGUUGGAUUUGUUAGCGACUGUUUUAUAAUUUUCUGUUGUUUUCUUUUUAAAGGAAGUCAUAUGUUUUAACAGUGAAUGUUAUUAUAAUUUUAUGAACUAUGUCAUUAUUACUCGUGGAUGAUGUGGUAACACCGUUUUAUUUUAAACGAUACCUUAAAUUUGUAUCAUUCCAAGAAUGAUGAAAACUGUUUUAAUGUUCUUAAAUUAUUUGAAGUUUCUCGGUCAAAGUCGACUUGUGUGCCAUUUUCUAAGUCGGGUGUUAAUUUAAAGACCAUAUUUUCAACUAUUUACUGACUUAAUAUUCAAUUAUUCAUUGCUAGGCAGUAUACAUACAUAAUCUUACUCGAAGUGAUAGAAGGUGGGAGUUUUCAUUAACGUCCUCUUGGAAUAAUGGUGUUAUUUUAUUUUAGGUCACUAAUCCUGUUGGUAUUUAACUUUUUAAGUACUGAUAUGAGAAGUAUGUUUGUAUAAAAGCAUAGCCUUACCAUGUAGUUUUUAUUGAAUAUGGUUUUACACACUUGCCUAUUGUUGUUAAUAUUAAAUAUUCUUAUUUACAAACAUUCAAUAGAUUGUAAUCAAAUAAUAGCUCACCAAAAAGGUAAGCUUUGAAUUAAUACGUUCACUGUCCGUGCCCCGUACAUGGUCACAGCAAGCCUCUAUUACAAAACCGUAAGGUUGACAGUUCAGUUUGGGACAGUGAACGUGUUAAGUGACAUCAAUAGCGAGUUACGUCCAUACUCUGCAUGGGAAUAAGUACAUAGUAACGACUAUUGUUUUUGUCUCUCGUAAAUAACGAAUAAAAUAAAUCUCGUCAAGUCACGACGAGGCUGUUAUAAACGACAUUGGAUGUUCAGGAGGAAGUAUAAUUUGAUAUAUUUAUUAGAUUCUACUGACAAGAGAGGUUCUCUUUCCGCCAAGCGACGUGUUUGUAAUGGUCAAGCCAAAGCUUAUAUUUAGUUUUUUGUGCAAUAGCCAUAUUGCAAUGUACAGUUACAUCUACUGUUUCUACUACUAAACGAAUAAAAAUAUAAUGAAAUGGAAAAUAAAAAUAUGUACAUUGUGUA